AUGGACCAUCCUUCUAUGGCCGAGGUGCGCGCCGUGGUCGAUCUCCUCGUACAAGAGGUGACUGCCGAGAACCUCGCCGGCAUCCUCAGCGACGACGAAUCCGCGCUGCUCGCGCAGUGGAUGAAUGUGCACGAGCGGGUGUGCCGCGCCGGCUAUGGCGCUGCGAUCCUGGCCGCGAGCAGCUUUUGCGUCUUCGAGGUGACGCUGAAACCGAGUGAGAAACUACAUCACCUCUACCGGACUAUGAUUGCCGUCGCGGAGGGCCUCGAGAGGGAUGCCGGGAAACUCAUCCCACAUGGGGUAUGUUGCUACUAUGCUGCUGGGCGGUUUGCCAAAGCAGCACGCCCCGAGUCCAAAAUUCUUCGGGAUAAACUAAUCCAACCGAUUUCCACAGGGCACGACCGACUCCCGCUAUAACCUCCUCUACGGACUCUACGCCAUCUGCAUCGCAACGAACCAAGUCCCCACGCUAGAAGAAAUCGGUCACAUCCACGGCCGCUGCCUGCCCCUCGGCCCGCCCCUCCUGCGCGCGUACCGCGACUGGUGCGAUUCCAGCGUCCUGCUGCAGCGCCACCGCGACGAUAAGGCCUAUGCCCCCGCGCUGCUGCGUGUCCUGCGCGGUGCGCUCGUCGGGUGGGGCCAGAAUGCGAUCCCCCUUCUUGUGCAGGUUAUGGUGGGUUUGGAGCGAUGGGGUGCCGAUGUGGCGGUUGCGGAGUUUUUGAGGGGGUAUGGUGUCGCUGGCGGUGGCGGGCAGGUUUCGCGUAGGUUUUUAUAACGGACCUUUGGGCUUUUGUGGAGGUACUGAUGAGGUUUAGGUACGCAAGCUCCUGCUCCCGCUCCUGUUCCUACUCCCGCUCCGAUGCAAGAUCAAUCCCAAUCUCCACAGCACAUCCGACCAGCCCAAACGAUCGAAGACCCCUUCACGGGCCAAGCAGCUCCGCUUGCUCUUCCUCGACGGACUCGCAACGCCGCCGCUGCCACUACUGCUCCCAAAAAUCUCCCCAGCGUGGAUGAUGAGGAUGAUGAGGAUGAGGACGUCAAAUAUGAGGAGAUCGACGAUCCCAAAGACGAAGACUACAAGGAGUAG